CCUAGAUACAUGCACUUGACCAUGAGCAGCCACCUCGUCAGCGACGUCGACAUGACGAACGAGCUGCGUCCGAUCCUACGCGCGCAAUCGUUCGAGAAAGCGGAAAAGCUCCUGGUCCGUGAAGCAGUUAUCCCUCGCAACCGUUCGUUGUCCGACUUGCAAGUACGAGGCGCAGUCUUUCGCCGCGGCCCUCUCGAGUACAACGGUUGCGGCGACUUUUUGGGCACAACGCCGUGUCGAUCGGCAAAGAAGGACAUUGUGAGGUGCGGCAAUUGCGGCGAAUACGAUCACAUUACCAUCGAUUGCGUACUGUUGGGCGACGACGACGCAAACGACCAGCCCUCGCUGAGUUACCUCCAAAAGGAGCUCCACCGCACUCUCAUCAUGCGCGAAUGCCUUCACGAUACCGAACGAACAUCUGCUCUCGGCCAAAAGAUCAUGCCAACGACGAUACCGGAACGCAUGAUACUGCAAUAGGAAGCACGCCGUCUCGUCGCGACAGGUGAGAGGCACGUGUAUAUGUAUAUUUAUGCUAGGGUAAACUUAUUGAUACUUGUCAACAAUCUGCGCUUUCAGCGCCCCACCGCCGUUUGACUUCAGCAUCGACUCAUCGGCUUAUUGACAUGCCACGUCGAGCUCUCAGUAGUAAGCUCAUGACGAGUAUAUCUCAGGCAAAGAUUUCGACACCAAGGUGGGCGUCGUUUGCAUCGGGAUGAACCGCACCACGAAAAGGCCAUACUUCCACAGCGACUUCACACUUCUGUCGGGCAAAAUCAUACACGUAUUGCGCGGCUGAGUCAUGAUGCCAGCGGCACAUCCUCUGCGUGUACGCGCAAACUCAGAAGAAUCGCGCAUUUCCAAAAAUGCAAAAAGUUUGCAUUUUUGGCUUGUGGAAUAUUUUGAAAAAUCAAUAUAUAACCAGAAAAUAUACCAUCGGGAUCUCCCAAGUUCGAAC